GCCGGGGGAUGUGUGUCAGUUUACGCCUCUGAGAUCACACAGCUGCCUGGGGCCGUGUGAUGCCCAAGGCAAGUCUUGGCUUUUAUUUUUAUUAUAAUUUUUUUUAUGUUUUUAUUUUUUACGCUUGGCUUUCGGGAAAUAUUCGUGAUGUUGUAGGAUAAAGGAAAUGAUACUUUGAGGAACUGGAGAGGACAUAGAUCCGUUUUGUUUUUAAGAGGAAAAGCGUCCCCUCUACCCGGCUUGCUCCCUCUUGGCUGAUUUCAAGAGCUACCCUCCUCCUGGCGAGGUGGGGAUCCAGCAAGAAUAGAGGUGAAGACGGGCCGCCAGGACCCAGGAGGGAAACACUGACCAUUAGAAACCUCUGCAGAAGACACUGUAAGGAAGAGCAUAAGAGAAAACACAAAGACUUACAAUUAUACGAGAAACCUACAAAUCCAGCUCUGGAGAGAGCCUCUUUCUCCAAAAUGGAUAUGUUUCUGCUCACCUGGGUUUUCUUAGCUCUCUACUUUUCAGGACGGGAAGUGAGAGGCCAACCAGACCCACCCUGUGGAGGUCGUUUGAAUUCCAAAGAUGCUGGUUACAUCACCUCGCCAGGUUACCCCCAGGACUACCCGUCCCACCAGAACUGCGAGUGGAUUGUUUACGCGCCUGAACCCAACCAGAAGAUUGUCCUCAACUUCAACCCGCACUUUGAAAUCGAGAAGCAUGACUGCAAGUAUGACUUCAUUGAGAUUCGGGAUGGGGACAGCGAGUCUGCAGACCUCCUGGGGAAGCACUGUGGGAACAUCGCUCCGCCCACCAUCAUCUCCUCGGGCUCCGUGCUCUACAUCAAGUUCACAUCCGACUACGCCCGGCAGGGUGCGGGCUUCUCCCUGCGCUAUGAGAUCUUCAAGACAGGCUCCGAAGAUUGUUCAAAAAACUUCACAAGCCCCAACGGGACCAUUGAAUCCCCGGGGUUCCCCGAGAAGUACCCACACAACUUGGACUGCACCUUCACCAUCCUGGCCAAACCCAAGAUGGAGAUCGUCCUGCAAUUUCUGACCUUUGACCUGGAGCACGACCCCUUGCAGGUGGGAGAGGGAGACUGCAAAUACGAUUGGCUGGACAUCUGGGAUGGCAUUCCGCAGGUUGGUCCCCUGAUUGGCAAGUACUGUGGGACCAAAACACCCUCUGAACUGCGUUCGUCGACGGGGAUCCUCUCUCUGACCUUUCACACAGACAUGGCAGUGGCCAAGGAUGGCUUCUCUGCACGCUACCAUCUGGUCCACCAAGAACCACUAGAGAAUUUUCAGUGCAAUGUCCCUCUGGGAAUGGAGUCUGGCAGGAUUGCUAAUGAACAGAUCAGUGCCUCAUCUACCUACUCUGAUGGGAGGUGGAGACCUCAGCAGAGCCGGCUCCACGGUGAUGACAAUGGCUGGACACCCAACUUGGAUUCCAACAAGGAGUAUCUCCAGGUGGACCUACGCUUCCUAACCAUGCUCACAGCCAUUGCAACACAGGGUGCGAUUUCCCGGGAAACCCAGAAUGGCUAUUAUGUCAAAUCCUACAAGCUGGAAGUCAGCACUAAUGGUGAAGACUGGAUGGUGUACCGGCAUGGCAAAAACCACAAGGUGUUCCAAGCCAACAACGACGCCACGGAAGUGGUUUUGAACAGGCUGCACACGCCGCUGCUGACGAGGUUCAUCAGGGUCCGCCCUCAGACCUGGCACUCGGGCAUCGCCCUCCGGCUGGAGCUCUUUGGCUGCCGGGUCACAGACGCCCCCUGCUCCAACAUGCUGGGGAUGCUCUCGGGCCUCAUCACCGACUCUCAGAUCUCGGCUUCGUCCACCCGCGAGUACCUCUGGAGCCCCAGUGCCGCUCGCCUGGUCAGCAGCCGCUCGGGCUGGUUCCCCCGGAUCCCGCAGGCCCAGCCGGGUGAGGAGUGGCUUCAGGUGGACCUGGGAGUGCCCAAGACGGUGAAAGGCGUCAUCAUCCAGGGGGCCCGAGGAGGAGACAGCAUCACUGCGGUGGAAGCCAGGGCAUUUGUGCGCAAGUUCAAAGUCUCUUACAGCCUAAACGGCAAGGACUGGGAAUACAUCCAGGACCCCAGGACCCAGCAGCCGAAGCUGUUUGAAGGGAACAUGCACUACGAUACCCCUGACAUCCGAAGGUUCGACCCUGUGCCUGCACAGUACGUGCGGGUGUACCCCGAGAGGUGGUCCCCAGCAGGAAUUGGGAUGCGGCUGGAGGUGCUUGGCUGUGACUGGACAGACUCGAAGCCCACGGUAGAGACGCUGGGACCCACAGUGAGAAGUGAAGAGACCACCACCCCGUAUCCUAUUGACGAAGAGGCCACAGAGUGCGGAGAGAACUGCAGCUUUGAGGAUGACAGAGAUUUGCAGCUCCCUUCAGGAUUCAACUGCAACUUUGAUUUCCCUGAGGAGCCCUGUGGUUGGAUGUAUGACCAUGCCAAGUGGCUCAGGAGCACCUGGACCAGCAGCACCAGCCCAAAUGACCGGACGUUUCCAGAUGACAGGAAUUUCUUGCGGCUGCAGAGCGAUGGCCGGAGAGAGGGCCAGUACGCGCGGCUCAUCAGCCCGCCGCUGCACCUGCCGCGCAGCCCGGUGUGCAUGGAGUUCCAGUACCAGGCCACGGGCGGCCGCGGCCUGGCGCUGCAGGUGGUGCGCGAAGCCAGCCAGGAGAGCAAGCUCCUCUGGGUCAUCCGCGAGGACCAGGGCAGCGAGUGGAAGCACGGGCGGAUCAUCUUGCCCAGCUACGACAUGGAGUACCAGAUCGUGUUCGAGGGAGUUAUAGGAAAAGGGCGUUCAGGAGAAAUCGCCAUUGAUGACAUUCGGAUAAGCACUGAUGUCCCACUGGAGAACUGUAUGGAACCCAUCUCAGCUUUUGCAGGUGAGAAUUUUAAAGGGGGCACCCUCCUACCAGGGACCGAGCCCACAGUGGACACGGUGCCCGUUCAGCCCAUCCCAGCCUACUGGUAUUACGUAAUGGCCGCCGGGGGCGCCCUGCUGGUGCUGGUCUCCGUCGCGCUGGCCCUGGUGCUCCACUACCACCGGUUCCGCUAUGCGGCCAAGAAGACCGAUCACUCCAUCACCUACAAAACCUCCCACUACACCAACGGGGCCCCUCUGGCGGUGGAGCCCACCCUAACCAUUAAGCUAGAGCAAGACCGCAGCUCGCACUGCUGAGGGCCGAAGCAAGGACAACACCCAAAAACGAGAAAGACUGCAAACACGUUGCCUCGAUUUUGCACUUUUUUCUCCUCGCCUAGUCUCUGUGUGACUCAGACAUCUCUCUCUUGGGGCCCAAACCCUGUGCACUCCUAUCCAUCCUGACCAUUUCUCUUGAGUUGGUUUUUUUUUUUCCCUUUUGUUGAUUCCAACCAACCAACCAACCAACCCCAACUCUAAUGUUGCAUCUUGGACUAUGAGAAGAGAGACACCCUAAACACUUCACAGCUCAAGGCCCAGCUGGCUUUCUUCCAGAGACUGGUUCCCUGGCCCUCCCCUUGCCUUAUCCCACACCCCCUCUCGGCGGGCAGUCUGCCAGGAGACUGGGGGGGGACCCUGGAUCUGUGUUUGUACAUAGUAUACAUUUGGCGUGUGAGAGUAGCUCGGUGUGGGUGUGGGUGUGAGAGAGACUGGUUCAUUGUCAGAGGGGAGUGUGUGGGUGUGUUCAGAGAGGGCCCCCUUUAGCUAUUGUGUUACUUCUCCGGGGGUACAUUUUACAAGAAAAUAAUAUACUGUACUAGUUUUGUUUACUUGGAGAAGAGAUUGAAGCUUUUUGUUGCCUUAUCUAGCUCUGGCUGGCUUUCUGUUGGCUACCAUUGUCAUCUCCAGGUACCUAAAAACCUAGAGGCCGCAUGGACCGAAAUGUGGCCCCUCCCAUCCCUCGCCCAUUCCCCACCCACCUGACCCAAGAGGAAGGUUCCCGUGCACUCGGACGUGACCCCAUGUCACGUCUCCUGGCUUCUUUGAAGUAACAGAUAACAGCCAUUGGGUGCGAGUGGAACCAUCUCUACUUCCAGCCCUGAAGCAAAUCUGUCUCAUGUUGCCUUAUAAAAGAGAAGCUCAUAAUGAAUGUUUAGCUUUUGUCAGUUAAGUCCAAUCCUGGAAUAAGUCAUAGAGAAUGAUGGAACUGAGACUGAUGCAGAGAAGCAGCAGCUUGUUUAAGCUGAGAGCAGGAGGAGGCGGGGGAGAGAAGGCAGGAGAAGGAAAGGACUCCUCGCCCGAGGGGAAUCAUUGGGCCCAGCUUUAAAGGGAGCUGAGUGAGACGGUUACGAGUCGUAUUCCUUGGUAUUAUAUUGGUCAUUGUAAUAGCAUUUGUAAAAUAUGGAGAGAAGGGGUCCUUCGCUUUCCUUUCAUGGUGUUGAUGUGUGCCUGAAACUACAGCUGCUAAAAUGUAAGGCUGUCCACCUGACUUAUUUGAAUAUUAUGAGAGAAUAAAGAGUAACCAUUUUUUAAAAUGUACCAAUGUGCUUCCCCUUAAAGCAUCUGUAGCAUCUGGCAAGUACACCCUCGUAGGCUGGCGUGGCACUUCCAGGUGUUGCCACAUCGUCAGGAGAAGGUAUAGUGAAGAUAAAUCCGUGGCUGCCCGUUUGUCCUCUCUAAGCGACACAGGGAAAGGGAGGUUGGAAAUAAAUGGCCUAAUGAUAUUGUACAAAGGAGAGAUUCAAUAAUGAAGUCAAUGUCAUUGAUAGAAACUUUGUAUUUUAACGAGAUGCUCAGUGUCCUGGGGCUCCGCCUCGGGGGUGUUUAUUUCUCACCUUCCUACUAGGAAUCCACUGGGAGAGUCUAAGAUUCUCUCCAAAGAUCCAAAGAUGGUUGCCUGGGCUGAAAGCUUCCAGGUACCUUCUGAGAGCAAAAUACUAAUGAUUGAGUUUUUUAUUUUUAUGUUUUUGGCUGCUUGGGGGAGAGAGAGACUUUGAGCGUUCCUUCAGAAUAUCCACAGCACUCCCUCUAGCACACGCACUCACUUUCGCAUCUGGUUUGUUUCAUCCCCCUGAAAGAAUGGUGCUCUCCCACUCUUACUCUAUUUCAAAGAGCCACUCUCUCAACCACAGCAGCCCUGCCAAGAAAAGAAAAGAUGAAAGGCUAGAGCAUGAGCCACCUUGAGAUUUCAAGAAGAAUCCUAGCCCAGCUGAAGGUUGCAAAGAGAAGCAGGCAGAGGGAGGAGGGGCAGGAGCCCGGGGUACCAUGUGAUGACUUCCAUGCCAGUCGCUAAGGGCUUUUAUCUCAGGUGUCCACAUCCAGACAUGCAUCUGGGGCCAGGCAUUCCCUCGAAAUGAUUAGCAUCCCUGGAGGCGCCCCCUGGAGGCGUGGAGUCGGGAAAUUAGAUCUGGAAAAUCCAGCCAGUGUAGCAACUGAGUUACCAUAUGCCCUUGAAGACUUCCCUUCUUUAAAAGAAGAUGACAACAACUUUGUGAAUUUGCUGUAUCUUUAUCCGAUGCCCCGUGUGGCAUCAUCUUUAUAUACAUGCCAUAGCUGAGAAUACGAGACCGCUCAAAUCUUUGUAAAGCCCGUGAUGCACUUCAACUGGGGAUGUCAUUCCCUCUCUCCUCUCUCCUCUCUCUUCUCUCUUGGCCCCAGCACCGUUCAUAAUAUUAUCUAGGUCUCUGCUAAAAGGGCAGCUCUUCUAUAAAACCACGUCUUGCGGUUUUAAAACGCAAAAUUCUGCAUUUCAUAAAGGGAGGGAAGGGUCACUCUCUUCUAAGGAAAAUAGGCUGCACAGGUGACUGCAUGUGUGCAUGUGUUUAGAGUUGCUUCUCGGAAGACAAAGAGGUAAUAGCAACUAAUAAAAUAUAAAUGAAUGAAUGGAUUGAAGGUCUAGCUCGGGCUACUAAAGUUUUUGCCUUAGUAGAGGUUUCAUAUCAGCAGACCCAGGAAGGAAGGAAACCCCUAUCUCUGGGUGAAAAUCCCGUCCUUGACAUUGUGCUGGCAAUUGCUAUCCCCUAAUUGCUGGCAAAGGCGGGGGAAAAAAGAUCAUAUCAUUGCCAUUAACAAAACAGAAUGCUUAAAAUAAAGUAAAAUUGUCUUUUCCCUUGUCCCACAUUUUAGGGAUUAAAGCCAGAAUAGGAUAGGAAAUUCAGAGAUAGUUCUGAAGUUGAUGCCCCAUCUUUAAAAAGACCCUGUCUUGAAAAUAAAACUAGCAGGCAAGCUAACACCUAAAUAAUCGAAAAUUACCAAAGAACAACAGAAAACGAAACAAGAAAAUGUAAACAUUUUAACUUCCUAUUCUUACCCCCUCUCCCUAUAACUGUGACAACUCUUGCAUUGCUCAGUUGCCUGUGUAUCAAAAUAACUUGUGGACAAUGGAAACUAUUUGCAAAUGUAUUGUGUGGAAUGUAAUAAAAUGAUAAUAUUUUUUAUACAAA